AUGAUUCGUUUGUAUUUGGAAUACUUCACUAAACUGGAUACCGCCGAGGAAACACUUCUAGAAGUGCCAGUUGAAAAUUACAUACUAUUAGCGCUAUGUAAAUAUUUAUAUCAGGCUGAGAUUGAGAGACAUAUUCAGAUUAAUUUUGUGCAAUGCAAAACUAAUCGUGAGAAUCAUGAGGCGAUAUUUGUGAAUGUGGGUCAGCUAGCAGUGAGAUUUUCUAACAAUGAAAACUGGCCCUGCGUUGCUACAUACUGCCAGUUGCCAACGUUAGAAAGUAAUGAUUGGAUUAUCUCAGGUUUAUGUGGAAUUUGUCGACGAAUUGCUAAAACUUACACUCAGUGCUUCAAAAAUCCCAAACAAAUUCUUGGGUUUAAAGGGAAUACACUUUUGGCACCCGCUGAAAUAUCAAUGUGGACAAAAUUUUGUGAAUUAGAUAUAGUACGAUGCAUUCGUGAGGUGCUGCUACUAAGAAAUGGUUCGUCUUGCACUUUACCGGAAGAUGUAGGUCGAUUUGAGAGUCAUCUGUCCCAACCUCUUAAAGUUCAUAACAUUUACAAGCUGAUCAAUAACAUACAAAACGUGAAAAUAUCAUCACAACAGGAAUACGACAAACUGAAUACCGAGACCGAUCGUUUUGAUUUUCAUGCCAAUCACAAAUUUGCAGAAGGAUACGAGAAGACUCUUGCUGACAUCAUUCUGUUUGUUUCUGUUAAUCUUCUGCACCGUCGGAUAUCGUUGGAUACGCUGAGUGAGAAACUUCCAAAAAUUAGUAGCUGGUAUCAGCUUGUUACCUCCGAUGAUAAUGGUGAGCUGUGUCAAAUUUGCGACAAAUUAACCUCAAAUUUACAGCAGCUACAGCCAAAUCUUGUUAAACUGGAAGUGCACCAAAUAAACGUUACUGUUCCUGUGAACUACAGUCUGUACAAAUCGGACACCAAAAAGCUUAACCUUUUGGGUGAAAGAGUGCUAACCACCAAUCAGGCAGAGGUAUUAAGCAUUUUGAACAAAAUAGCUGACCUAGAACUGAACAUAGGCAGUCAACCAAACAGUCGGAAAGAUAAUCUAUUCGACUGGGAGACAGUUCCGCUUAUUGCGAAACCAGAAGGUGGCAAACUUCCUUCAAAGCGAGUUGAACGGAAAAAACAUCAACUUGAAUGUUUAGCCAAUGAGGUAAUAGUAAUGGCUCGUCCCGGUGACAUCAUCGUGGACUUUUGUUCAGGUACUGGUCAUCUUGGAAUUUUGCUUGCAUGCCUGUUGCCCGAUUGUACCAUAUAUCUGCUAGAAAACAAGGAAGAAUCACAGCAGAUUGCAAUGGAACGCGUGCGACGCUUAGGUCUUAACAACGUCGUUUACUUCCAGUGUAACUUAAAUUAUUUUACUGCCCGUUUCGAUAUCGGUGUAUCACUGCACGCAUGUGGAGUCGCAAGCGACAUCGUGUUGGACAAAUGCCUAGAACAACGAGCCAAAUUCGUAUGUUGUCCGUGUUGCUAUGGAAAGUUGUAUGAAUCGGAUGCGAUGCAGUACCCAAGGAGCAAAUUCUUUCGCCAGUCUGACUUGUUACUCAAGGAGUAUCUUUGCAUCGCUCAUUGCGCUGACCAAACGCACGAUUUAGACAACAGCAGAACCAAUUUAGAGAAGUCACAUCAAGGUUUUUACUGCAUGGAUAUAAUUGACAAGGACAGGGCUAUGCGUGCGGAAGAAUUCGGCUACACUGUUUCACUAAAAAGACUCAAACCUGAAAAUUGUACCCCAAAAAAUAGAAUGUUAGUUGGCAUUUUCUGACAUUGUCAAUUAUUGUUUUACAAUAAAUAAAUCUUAGUUUAUUUUCUCACAAGCAACUGGAUACAAAUGUGUAUUUUGAUUAAUGCACUGGACAAAAUACUUUAAUAUAAAACGGCUUAACGCUAUAUAUUCCCGGCAAAUAGAAUUGCAUUCCUAAAAUAUGAGUGUUUUUCAAGAAUAUAUACAUUUUGCUCUAAUCUUCACCCGA